UGUGUGUGCGUGUGUUCGAAUGUAUCCUGGCGCAGCUGCAUUUUGAAUCGAUUCAUGUAUGCAGUGUGUUUCGUUUUGUGCUGUAUUAUCCUUGCUAUUAUACGUGUAAAGUAUUCGACCGUCCAGUGAUCGCCAGUGAGUGUCUAAAUCACGUAGAGUUUCACUCAGUGCGUUUACGAUUAUUUUGUCACAUUGUGUCGAGUCCUGUUUUCUCAAUUCCUUUUAUGCCGAAUUCUUGCAAUUUAUGAUAGUGUACUGUGUUUAUCGUCAGGACGCGAUACCAGACGCGCUGGGUGCAUCACCCUCGAUGAGCGUCCUGCGAGAAACUCGAUACGUAAAUAAAUAGUGACUGACCACGAUUUUCGUGGUAAUCAUCAUCGUCUCAUUUUUUUCGUACAAUCGCAAUAUUUCAGUAUAAAGUGUAAUAUUUAAGGCGUUUUGACCAGUGCGUGAAUCUCAGAUAUAUACGCGUCAGCGAUUCGUCAACUCCCUAUUUUCAGCUGCACGCUAUAUACAAAGAGUCAAAGAUGAGCCAAUCCGGGGACGUCAAGACGACGGAGAAGAGCACGGACAAAAAAGAGAUCGCUCACGAAGAGGAGGAAAGAGAGAAGAUGCUGAACGCGGAGAACACGAGGCACGACACCUCCGAAACGCAAGAGAACUCCGAGGAGCAACGGCCCAGGAAGAAGAUACCGAUCGGGGGAAUAAAAAUGCCCGGAUUUUGCCGAACCAAGAGCAAAGAGCCCUGCAAGGACGACGAGAGCAAACCCGCGGAAUCGGUGAACCUGGAAAUUCCGAAAAAGAGUGCAGACUCGCAGCCGCCAAUCUCAGAGAAACCUACGACUCCAGUGAAGGAGGCUAAGGAUGCCAAGGAUGCUAAGGAGGGUAAGGAGAAGGAGGGACGUCGCGGUAUACUCGACGCCAUACGGCUUCCGCUGGUGUCUGUGUUUCCACGGAAGAAAAACAAGGAAGGGUGCGACGCAGAACGUGGAACCACAGCAGUUGCCGGCUUGGCAAGCGUCGAGACGCUCGACGAGGGUGUAGCUGUUGGUGAAAAAACAGCCCCAAACAACGACGACGGUAUGGAGACGGUACGCCUUGACAAAGAUGGUGUCGAGCCAGUGGCACCAUUACCGAAACAGCACCCCAUUCUAGCUUUCUUAUCGAUGGCAAGAAGGAACUUGUUUGUCACAGUUGGCACGCUGCUUAUUAUUCUCCUGAUGAUAAUAAUCUUGGGUAUCGCCUGCGCUGGUCCACGUUAUGAGCCCGCCGCUCUACUGCGUGAUUCGCGAUUCAUUUCGGCUGUUACGUCCUGCGGUCCUGUCGAAGGUGUCCUUGAGGAUGGUGCAUACGCUUUCCGGGGUAUACCGUAUGCGGUACCACCCGUCGAUACUCGUAGAUGGUUGCCAGCGGAAAACCUUGAGCGGAUUGAAAAUUGUUGGACGGGAACUUAUGCGGCCCACAAUGCUUCCGAGAAGUGCUGGCAGUAUGACGCCUCAGGUCGUCACGAUGGUGUCGAGGAUUGCCUCUAUUUGGACGUGUUCACCCCGGACGUCCGGUACCACUCUCCGUUACCUGUCGUCGUCAUGAUCGGUGCUGAAACCCUCAGUGGCACUUCACCGGGUGUGAUGCAAGCCUCGGCUAAACUUGCCAGAGACCGGGAUAUUGUUUUCGUUCGACCCAAUUUCAGGCUCGGAAUUUUCGGAUUCCUCGCGGCCGAGCCGUUGACGCGAUCAACACACCCGCCGACAUCUGGAAAUUAUGGUCUCUCUGAUGUGAUUGCGGCUUUGAAUUGGGUGAAACUGAACAUCGAGCAUUUCGGUGGUAACAAGUCAUCGGUUACGUUGUGGGGUCACCGGGCUGGCGGGACCCUGGUUACGACCCUCGUCGGCUCGCCACGGACCAAGGGUCUUUUCGCUCGCGCCUGGGUGUCAAGCGGUGGUGCUAUAUUCCCAGGCAAGCCACUAUCCGAAGCUGAACAAAUAAAUGACCAAUUUCUCGAGUCGGCGAGAUGCACGGACGCAGCCUGCCUCAGACAGAAGACUGCUGUGGAGCUUAUGAACGCUGUACCCUCGACCUGGUAUCUUUCCGACACGAAACUUCCCGAGCCACGAGAAGCCACGGUGGAGCGCAGGCAUGAGUGGCUCGUUCUGGACAACGUGAUCCUGCGUGAGCACGUCGGCCAGGUCUGGGCGGGAACGACUCUCCCAGUCAGUCUCGUCAUGGGUACAACCGCUCAGGCUGGCACCCCGGCGCAGCUUCUGGCUCCUAACGCAACCCUUAACGCGAGUGAAGCAGAGAAGAUGGUUCGCGAGUCGCUCCUAGGUACUAUGGGUCUCGCUGACGAAGCGCUGCGUCGGUAUAGCCCGACCCUUAAGGGCAUUGCAACGAUGAUCUCAGACAUCCGGGUGGUUUGUCCUCUCCUGACGGUCGCUCUGCAGCAGUCGACCAUACCAUUUUACGUUGUUACUCAGCCCCGCGGGGUUGCGGGACUUGCCGAUGUCGACAGCGACGCGGCCGCCAUUCUGGGCACCUACGCAGCUAGAACAUCCGAGGAGAAGAGACAUGUGACGGCGAUGCAGCAGCUUUUCAAUCACUAUGUAUGGCAUGGGGAGGUCGCUCAGGCCACUUCCAAUCUCAAAACAAGCAAAACUCUCGUUGUCGGUCAGGAUGUCCUCCCGGUACAGAGCUAUGAAAAUUGUGAUUUUUGGAUAAACAAAGACAUUGUCCCGAGAUAUGCGAGGGCCGAUUAAAUAUGUCUAUAAUCCGCAGAUACACGCUGAAAUCUUUUGGAUGAAUUUACUUGUGACGAAGAUACGUAAGUUUAAGUAGGGGUUACCCUGCAAAUGUAGCUGUAAGAAGUAACAGCCGUAGAAGCUUGCCAAUUUUUUCUUUGUAUCUGUUUGAACAACCAACAUGUA